GGUUUCUUCUACAAAUGACCCUCCUGAGAAUACAGUUUCUUCUUAUUUUUCCUCUCCUAAAAUAUCUCUGAUCUUUCUUCUCCAUCAAGAUUUCUCCGCCUCUUCUGCAAUUCUUCAUAGCCAAUAGCCAAGUUGUCUGGCUAUAACACCGAGCAGGAAUCCGGAGUAGGAAUGGAGGUGAAAAGGCGGGCGGUGGAUAAUCUGGUGGCGAAGCUGGGUUCAGUUUCGGAGCAAAUCCGAACAGAAGCGAUCUGCGAGCUUCGAAUCAUAUCCAGAACCGACGAAGAAAGUCGGCCGCUGAUCGCCGACGCCGGGGCCAUUCCUUACCUUUCGGAAUCGCUAUACUCUUCCGACGAAGUCUGCCAGGAGAACGCCGCCGCCGCGUUGCACAACAUCUCUAUCUCCUCCAAGGAUGCUCUCGUAUCCACGCACGGCUUCCUUGACGCUCUCUCCCACGCCCUCAGGAAUCCGACUUCUGCCUUUACUGCCCAGUGCGCCGCCGGAACCGUCUUCAGCCUCCUAACCGUGGAAACUAACCGGCCGAUCAUUGGCCACAAGCGGGACAUCCUAUUUGGGCUGAUCGACAUCGUGAGAAACCCUAAUUCGGCAUCUAGGUCAAUCAAGGAUGCGCUCAAAGCUCUUUUCAGCGUCGCACUUUACCCUCUCAAUCGGGCCCAAAUAAUCGAGCUAGGGGUGGUGCCGGCACUGUUCUCCCUGCUCUGCAAGGAUGGCAGGGUCGGUGUUCUAGAAGAUGCCACUGCCGUGAUUGCCCAGAUUGCCGGUUGCCAGGAGAGCUGGGAGGCAUUCAGAAAGGUGUCCGGUGUCAGCGUUUUGGUGGAUUUGCUGGAUGAUGCCACCGGAUCAAGCAAUAGGACUAAAGAAAAUGCAGUUUCAGCUCUAUUGAAUUUGGUGCAGUGCAGUGGGGAAGAGGCCACCGACGGUAUCCGUGGGUUGAUUUUAGGCGCGGUGGAUGGAAUCACUAAAGUUGCAGAGAAUGGAAGCGAGAAGGGGAGGAGCAAAGCAAUGUCAUUAUUGAAGAUUAUUGAUGCAAUUAGCUCUGGAGAAGAUGGAGAUUCUUGAUGCUAGAAGUUCUUGUUCUAGAAGAGGAGAAGCUUGGGACUCUGUUCAAAGGUUACUUUGCCUUAGUUUCUGACUAUGUUUAAUAUUCUACUCUGGAAAGUAAAUAGGUGUUUGGCUGUAUAAAUGAAUUGUUUGAACUAUUCAUUGUGGUUACAAAUAGAAGCUCCAAACUUUU